UCACAUCUGGCCAGCCGAACCACAACGUCGAUUCACACUGCCGCCCACGACAACGAACACGUGAACGAGAACGCGCGCAUGAUACACCUCCGCUGCGCAGCUUCACAGUGUAGACUGGGGUCCUUGCGACCGCCGCGAUGAGCUCACUCAAGCAAUUCAUCCGCAAUGUGCGAGCUGCCAAGACGAUUGCCGACGAGCGAGCUGUAGUACAAAAAGAGAGCGCUGCCAUCAGAGCCAGCUUUCGAGAAGAGAGUCAUGAUCCAGACCGACGGCGGAACAAUGUGGCCAAGCUGCUCUAUCUUUUCACAUUGGGUGAGCGAACCCACUUCGGUCAAAUCGAAUGUCUCAAGCUUCUAGCCUCCCCGCGCUUCGCGGACAAGCGACUCGGCUACUUGGGUACGAUGCUGCUGUUGGAUGAGAAUCAAGAGGUUUUGACGUUGGUCACGAACUCGUUGAAGAAUGAUCUCAAUCACAACAACCAAUACAUCGUCGGGCUGGCACUCUGCACGUUGGGCAACAUCGCGUCGAUUGAGAUGUCUCGAGAUUUGUUCCCAGAGGUAGAAACAAUCCUUUCAUCGUCGAAUCCUUACAUUCGGCGAAAAGCAGCCCUGUGUGCCAUGCGGAUAUGUCGAAAAGUACCGGAUCUGCAGGAACAUUUCCUCGACAAGGCCAAAGUCUUGCUCAAUGACCGAAAUCACGGCGUUCUCUUGAGUGGUCUGACACUUGUUAUCAGUCUCUGCGAGGCGGACGAGGAAGAGGGCGGCGAGCAGGGCGUUGUGGAUCUCUUCAGACCGCUUACCGGCAGUCUAGUCAAGGUUCUCAAAGCCCUGUCGCAGUCCGGCUAUGCACCCGAGCACGACGUGACUGGAAUUACGGACCCUUUCCUCCAAGUCAAGAUCCUACGACUGCUUCGUGUGCUCGGAAGAGGCGAUCAGCAGACAAGCGAGCAGAUCAACGACAUACUUGCGCAAGUCGCAACAAACACCGAGGCGUCGAAGAACGUCGGUAACUCAAUACUGUACGAGGCUGUGCUGACUAUCCUGGAUAUCGAGGCCGAUUCUGGACUUCGAGUGCUGGGUGUCAACAUUUUGGGCAAGUUUUUGACGAACAGAGAUAAUAACAUACGUUAUGUCGCCCUCAACACCCUCAUCAAGGUUGUUGCCAUCGAGCCGAACGCAGUGCAGCGCCACCGUAACACAGUACUUGACUGUCUGCGAGAUCCUGACAUCAGCAUACGAAGACGAGCCCUGGAUCUCAGCUUUACUCUCAUCAACGAGUCUAAUGUCCGAGUCCUCGUUCGCGAGUUGCUCGCAUUUCUGGAGGUAGCUGAUAAUGAGUUCAAACCCAUUAUGACCUCACAAAUCGGCAUCGCUGCAGAUCGGUUCGCCCCCAACAAGCGCUGGCACGUGGACACCAUGCUUAGGGUCCUGAAGCUGGCUGGCAACUACAUCAAAGAACAAAUUCUGGCUUCGUUUGUUCGACUGAUCGCAACUACUCCAGAACUGCAGACGUAUUGCGCACAGAAGUUGUACACGGCGCUCAAGGACGACAUUAGUCAAGAAGGCCUCAACCUCGCUGGAGCCUGGGUCAUAGGCGAAUAUGGUGAUGCGCUGCUCCGCGGCGGGUCUUAUGAGGAAGAAGAACUGGUGAAAGAGGUGAAAGAGAACGAAAUCGUGGAUCUCUUCUCUACGAUAUUGAACUCCAGCUAUUCAGGCCAAAUUGUCACACAGUACAUCAUCACCGCUGCGAUCAAACUCACGACACGACUUCAAGAUCCAUCACAGGUCGACCGAUUACGCCGAUUGCUACUUAGUCGCCAAGCGGACCUUGACGUCGAAGUGCAACAACGAGCCGUGGAGUACGGGAACCUCUUCGGCUACGAUCAGGUGCGAACAGGCGUUCUCGAACGCAUGCCAGCGCCAGAGAUCAGGGAGGAGCAACGCGUGCUCGGCGAGGCGACGAAGAAGCGGCACAGUAAGCUUCCAGCCAAGAAGAAGCCUAGUCAGAUUACGGAGCAGGACAUGCUGCUCGACCUCAUGGGAGGCGACUCUACCUUGCCGUCUGGCGAAACAGGUUCAUCGGUCAAUGGGGUGCAGGCCAACAACGCAGACCUACUCGCUGACAUCCUGGGCGGUGGUGACGCAAGCGCAUCCACAGCAGCACAUGCUCCAUCUUCUGUGGCUAAUGGUCAACCCAAGACACAAAGUAACAUGGAUUCCAUCAUGGACCUCUUUGGCUCACAACCGGCGGCAUCUUCAGGCUCUGGCAUGCCAGGCAGUUCCAUGGGUGGAUCGGGCAAUGGCGCAGCGGCGCCAUCACAACAAGCCCUUGCAGUCUACAACAAGAACGACCUGAACUUGAGUUUCAGUGUACAGCGCACAGCCCAGGCGGUGCAAGUGCUGGCCAGAUUCCGGAACAACAACAGCUUUGAGAGCGUUAGCGCUUUGAAUCUGCAAGCGGCUGUUCCUAAGACCCAGAAGCUUCAACUGCAAGCAAUUAGCUCCUCCGAGAUUGAGGGCGGCCAAGAAGCGACGCAGCAAAUGCGCAUUACAAGCGUGCAGGGAGCCCCUCCCGCGAAGCUACGACUGCGAUUGAAGUUGACCUAUUCUCAAGGUGGUGCAGCACCCAUCACGGAGCAAGUAGAUUGGUCAGAACCAGUGUAGGACAGCCCGCUGUGUGACCUCAUACAACAACCUCAAAUUCAGCAUGUCGGCAAAUUUGCACGUAGCUUCUCAUCCGUGCAGUGUAGCAAAACUCGGCGUAAAAGUCGGUAUCGAUGCUCGGUAUACUGCAACGAGCGCUGGGCCUCGUUCCGGCGGCCUACUCAAUGCUGCGGGUCAACGGGCUCCUGCUACAAUUCUCAUGCUGCACUCUUGUCCCUCGUUUUGCCUCCCCACGCUGCCGGUGCUUCCUUCACAAUCUCGCCAUCUGCAACCAAAACUCCCGCACCUGUCCUGUCCUCCACUCUCUUGAAGACCUCAACCGGCACCAGACCAUUUGCAUUUCCCUCACUCAGUAUGACCCCAUUAUCACUCAGCCAGAAUUUGAUGCCCGACUGCAUCG